AUGGAUUCUUUCUUUGCUGAAAGUAUUGGAUUCAAAUCAUUUGAAUAAAAAAACUUAAUAUUGAUCAAAUAAUCUAUUUAAGAUUUCCAAAAUUCAAUUGAAAAAUUAUUAUUUGAUCUAAAAUUAUCUGAAUUAAAUUAUUAUCAAAUAUCUAAUUUAGAUAUUAAUAAAUCAGAAGAAUUAUUUAAAAUAGGUAAUAAAUCUAUUAAAUUAGGUUAUAAACUAUAUUAGGAUGAUGAUAAUUAUAAAGAAGCAAUUAAAAUAUUGGAUUAAUCAUUAAUUUUUAAUCCAAAACAUUCUCUUUCGUUAUGGUGUAAAGGUAUGGUUAUUAUUUAAUGUGUUAGCUGAGAGUUUAAUUUAUAUGAAUGAAAAUGAUUUAUUAUAAAGAUUAAUACAAUGAAGCAAUCAUUUUGGCUGAUAAAGCAUUGUAAGUUGAUCCAAAACAUUCUUAUUCAUUAUAAUGUAAGGGUAUGAUGAUUAUUUAAUGUGUUAGCGUAGAGUUUAAGGAUGAUUGAUUAAUACAGUGAAGCUAUCAUUUGGGCAAAGAAUUGUAAAUAGAUCCAAAAGAUUGUCUUUCAUUAUGUACUUAAAGUACUAAUUUUUUUUUUAUUUGAAGGUAACUAACUCAUUACUAUAAAAAUUGAAAUGUUUCAAUUUAAGAUUAUUGAAAAUAUUUAAAUAAUCAUCGAAGUGAUUGAGUAAUCUCUAUAAAUCAAUCCAAAUCACUUAGAUUCAUUAUGGAAAAAAGGUGAAAGUUUCUUUUUAAUUUAUAGGUGCUUGUUUACAAGAUUAGAAUUAAUAUUAAGAAGCAUUAAUAUUAUAUGAAAAAGCUUUAAAGAUCAUUCCAAAUCAUUAAUGGACUAAAGACAGGAAAGGUAUUAUCUAAAUAAAAUAUUUAGAUGAAUGUUUAAACGCUUUAAAAAAAAAUGAGUAUUUAUUAAUAUAUUCAUAAUUUAUAUACCUCAAUCACUCAUUACAUUUCUUUUAAUUUUUCUGA